CCCGAGGCAGGAUCAUGUAUCCCACCGCGACUCCUCGAGACGACACGACAGACGCGCUGCACGAGACUGGCUUAGGCUCUUCUCCUGCUGCUGUUACUGGUGCUGCAACAGACGACAGAGCCAACGCCCCCCAACCGCCGAACCGGAGCCAGGGCCGUUUGCAGGCACCACAGCCGCAACCUGCCCAAUCCGUACAGGCGCAGGAGGAAGCGCAGGCAAAAAAAGCACAGACACAGACACAGAUACAAGCAGCAACACGAGCCACGGAUGAAAAUGACCCUGCAAGUCCCGCUCGUGUAUCUCCUCGUCCUGCAGAGGAAUCGGUACCACCAAGCGAGAAUGCAUUUCCCGCUAUAGACAAGGGUAUUGACCAGGACGCACUCCAGCAGCAGCAACAGCCCAUGGCCACAGACUCUCUCGCCUCCACAAUCGAGGCCCUACAACAACGGCUCCAUCUCGAACAGGACGGCCUCGCCAGCCCGAGACACGAACUCGAACUGAUUCCAGAGGACCAGCCCAUCUCCUCCCCCCACUCCGCCGGCUCGGAGGCGGCUCCCCUCCUGCCGCCAAACUCGAUUCUGACCAGCAGCGGCUCUCAUUCUAAUCGUGCCUCCGCCACGUCAACCCCUGACACGGGCAUCCAACGUCCUUCCGCCCUGCGUCUCGUGGCACAUCCUCUCCCAUCUCGCCCGUCCACACGAUCACCCAUCACCCCGACCUCGCCCAUCGAGCCGCCACUUUCGCCCACCAUCAUCCGCACUGCCUCUACGAACUCCGUCCUCCGUCAUCCUGCCCCUGACAUCAACGCCCGGUCAGGCUCCUACACCAGCAACAUCGCCGCCCUCGAGGCUACCGCUGAGCGCUUUUCUAUGACCAGCAGCAUAGAGGAUGCCAUUAGGGACGCCCACAACGAACUAAAGCGCAGCGACAGCCGCCGCUCGUCCAUCCUUGCCGCAAGCGUCCGGAGCGCCGGCGACCACACCACCGACAGCCCCCAGGUGCUGUCACAAAGCUCGAUUGUCGGCCUGAACAACGCAGCAAGAACGGGCGGCUACUCUCCCGGCGGCUACAUCAUGAGUCCAACGCAGUCCCUGACGGGCUGUCUGAGGAGCGCAAGCAAGAGCAGCGGGCCCCUGUCGAGAGCGAAUAGCACCAGGAGCAAACCCGAAACCAUCGACGGCGAGGCAUUUCCCAACUUGUCUUCGGGCUCCUUUAUGUCAAGAGAUGGUCCAGGAAAGGGCUCUACAAGAAGUGUCCGCAGUGUGCGCAGUGUCCAUAGCGUCCACAGUACCCAUAGCGUCCACAGCAAUCGCUCUGGUCCGCUUUCCCUUGCCGAGAUCGCCGAGAUGGAGCCUCCGGCCACUCUGACACUAGAUGCCAUGGACGAGGCCGACCGGACGGCCCCUAAGCUGGAGGAUCUGGGCGACGAUGAGCACACGAUCCUCGCAAGGGCUCAUCAGCAUGUCGACCCUGACGCUACGGACAUCCACGUUGCAGAGACCGCGGCACAAUAUCCUAGCAACAACGGCCAGGAGGAGACGGUCAUGCUGGAACAUUAUGCUGGCGACUCGUAUUGGGACAACCACGGGGAUGUGGACGUGCAGCUUCGCAAUCCCGCCAACCCGCCGCCAGAUCGUGUCCGUGACGAAUAUGAGCCUCCAGUCGACCUCCACCAGCACGAGCACGGGGCAUAUGGAACUCCUGACACUGUCGAUGAGGACAAUGUCUUUGCCGACUUUGAUGGAAUGCACUGCGACCCGGAUUCGGUGGCUGAGAAUUUCCCUAUUCCACAACAACAAGAGGAUGAGUUGCCCCAGCCGCGACCACGACCAGCACAACAGAGAAGAACCACGACGGCUCGGCCCCAGUCUUACUUCGACCCCGAGACAAACCAGCAGAUGCUUUACUAUCCUGCUCGCGUUCCAGCUAUGCUGAAUUUGCCGCCGAAGCUGGGCAAGGGCAUGAAAGCUGCGCAGGCGGCGAGGACCGCGCGCAGGAGCCAGGUGUUGAGCCAGAUGCCCAAGGCUGCGCGAGAGAGCAGAUUCUGGCUGCCUGACCCGCUCGAGAAGGAAGAGGGCUCGACUGACCUGCUGGGAGUCGAUCUGACGCCGAGCUCAGGGAACCUGCUGGGCGACGAUGUCACGCCGAGCUCAGCACACUCCAGCUCUCGCGACUUGGGUCGGGACCAUGCACUGGCUACCCUCCAGGGCCCAGGAAUGGCGUCGCACGAGAAUUCGCCAUUAGAUUCGCCGGAUCUGCAUAACCUGCGGCGCCCGGCCAAGCUUGGAGGGUCUGCUGCACGCCAGUCCCGGAUGAACCUCGCGGACCUGCCACCCCAGCUGCGCGCCAGCGUUUUCUUUGAUCUGCCCACCGAGUCUCCCAAGCUUGAGGUCAAGAAUGGUUCUGCGAUGGACACAUUAGAUAGCAUCCUGGACGCGGCCGCCUCAGCCCCGGUCAACGCCUUCACAGACCACGCCUUCGCAGGUCACCUCGGGGCGGAGGUGUAUGGCCAUGAGAAGAGAAAGAGCAGCCGCAAGAGCCAGCUCAUGGUACCCGAGGCCGCCGGCAAUGCGAAGGGGCACAGACUGUCCAAGAGCGCUUCGACUACCCUCGCCGUGCCGGAUACCGAGAAGCGCAAAUCGGUCUGGUCCCUGCUGCCCGGCCGUAGCAAGUCUAGGAGUAGCGUUAACUUGCUCAACGCGCAAGAUGAAGACGCCCGCUCGAAACUGUCGGCUUCUGUUGGCGAUGAGGACUCGCCGUCAGAUGUAGAUGAGCACUCGGCUCUCGCGCCUGACGAGGAUGAGAGGGGCUCAGGAUCCGGCUCCGAAGACGGAGAGCAGGUAUAUACAGGUCCUCCUACGACGCUGCUGGCCGAGCUCCAGAUGCGCAAGCAACAGCACAAGAACCGCACACGCAACCCCCUGCACCAGGGCAUUGGACUCCACAGUACGCUCCUGGAGCUCGAUGCCGUGGCGCAGAUGGAGGCCGGGCAGCGGAAGAAGAAGAAGGUGAACCUGGCCUGGGCUGCGGAUCACUCCGACGCGGACAGCGACGACGAGGACGACGAGGAUAUACCCCUGGGCCUAUUAGCUGCCAAGAAGCAGCUUGGUCCCGAGGCGACCGACCGAGAUAUGGCCAUUGCCCUGCAGGAGAUGAGCCGGCCGUUGGGCUUGAUGGAGAAACGAGACCAGGACGACAACGAGCCUUUGUCUCGGAGGCGGGACAGGCUGCAGGGCAAGCCCGUGCCUGUCAGCAUGUAUCUCCAGCCCAACGGCAAUGGCACCAGGCUCUCGGUGAUGCCUGGCGGCAGCAACAAAGAUCCGGUCAGCCCACUGCGUAUGGUGCAUCCGCUGAGUGCUUCGGCCAGCGCCACUGGUGGCCAAGAUGGCGCAGAAGAGGAGGUCGAAGGCGAGACCCUCGGCGAGCGCAUGAGGAGACUGCGGGCCGAGGACGAAGCGAAUCCCCUGCCGAGGGCCAGGCCUGUCAGCACGGCCUUCUCCGAGGAGUUGCUCGGCGAGUGGGGUGUCGACGAGGCCGCCGAAAAGAAGAAAAAGGAGGAAGAGGAAGCCAAGAAGAACGCAGUUCCACCUGCCGAGGAGGAAGAGACACUUGGGCAACGCCGCCGCCGCCUGCAAGCGGAGCGUGAGGCUCGUGAGAAGGAGAUGGGCAUCCGUGUCGUGUCGGGCGGCAGCCAGAAGGAGACUGUAUCCCGACGCCUCAGCUUGGCGGGCGUGCUCGGCGCAAACCCACUCGAGGGGCCGCAGGGCAACAUGGACCCUCGCGAGGUCGAGCGUCGACGCAAGGAGGAGGAGGCCGCCCGCGCCGCUCGCGAGCAAGAGGUCAAGAUGCGCGCGUUCCGGGCCCAGAUACCCACAAACCUGACAGACCCCCGUGGUGGCGUCGUUCAGCCCGGUGGAUACCAGAACGGCAGGUUCAACGACAACAUGGGUGGCCUGGGCGGUUCGGUCCGUUCGACGAGCCGUCAUCAGCUUCGUGCCAGCAUGAGCAUCGGCCAGCUGGGACAGUACAGCCAAGGCGCCCGAGCUGUCAGCGGCACGAAUCUGAUCGGCGCGGCUGGCAACUACGGCAACGCGAACGGCAUGAACCCCGUCUUUGCCACCCCCAACCCCUUCGGCAACGGGUAUAAUGGAGGCUUCAUGCAGCAGCCGCAGUAUCAGCAGGCCAGUCCCUUCGUCAGUGGCAGUCUGCUGGGCCAGGGAGGAGGCUUUGGGGCGUUUGGUGGAGGCAUCGGUGCGGCAGGUUUCCACGGUGGAAUGCCUGCCACCAGCUAUGGCGUGCAGGCCGGCGGGGUGCCCAUAGUGGGUGGGCAACAGACGGAUCGUGUGGAGAGAUGGAGGCAGGGCAUCCGAUGAGUGAAGCCUGGCACAGGCAGCGAUCAGAGUACAAAGACAAAUGACCGGACCACUAUAGUUCUCUGGUCAGGCGUUUGGGAUAAUCUUUUUUCUCAUCCUUCCCCUUUGCUUUCUUUUGUUUGUUUAGAGGGACAUUGAAUGCAGCAUAGGACAUAUGGGAUGGAAAGCGAAGGGGAGGGAAGAAGGCGUGACAUAUUGGCACCAGGCGCGUAGGGUCGGGGCAUGGGAUAGGACGACAAAGCAUACGAGCAUUGUUGUUGAGACUUGCAUUGCGAGGGCGUCCGAGUGCCUAUCAAGGAUUUUCAUAUACAGACAGAUACAGGUUCAGAUUCAAUUAUUGUUGAAGAGAUCUCUCGGUCAGCCUCUGAGGAGAUACCGGGGAGAGAGAGAGAGAGAGGUACGGGCUAUCUACGGCUGCUUAAUGGAAAGGCUUCAUUCAGCCC